AUGGAGAAAGGUUUGGAGGGGUCCUUUGAUUCUGCGAGUAUUCUUAGUCAAAAUGCAGUCGUUGGUCUUUCCGGCCCGAUUUCAUUUGUAUUCUUUUCUGAUGUCGUCAAUGACUUCAUAAAUCCCGGUUUGAAGGAAUUCCAAGUUGUUAUCGAACGCAUGGCCAUUUUGGGCGGAGCCACAUUUGUUGUAGCCUACAUUCAAAUGUUUUGCUUACAACUCUGUGCAAGACGUCAAGCAAAGCGAAUACGCUACUUGUACUUUACGAGCGUUCUUCGUCAAGAACCUGCAUGGUUUGACCAGCAAAAUGUUGGUACAAUCAUUACUCGUCUUACCGAAGGAGUUGACAAAAUUGAGGUUGGUCUUGGUGAGAAGGCAGGAAUCUUUGUCCAAUACAUCCUUAUAUUCGUGGGUGGAAUUGUGAUUGGCUACACGAAAAAUUGGGAACUCUCCCUGGUUGCAACUGCAGUUUUUCCUCCAGUGGUUGUAGCCUUUGCGGCCCUUGGAAUGAUAACACGCAAGUUCACUGUCAAAGAAAGAAUGGCUUAUUCGAAAGCGAAUGCCAUUGCUGGAGAGGUUCUUAGUUCAGUUAAAACCGUUUUCGCUUUUGAGGGUCAGAGAAGGGAGUUGAAUCGGUAUGCCGCCGAAUUGUCAGCAGCCGAAAAACUUGGACUCAAACGAUCUACGCUGUUUGGUUUUGUCGUCGGAGCCUCGGACUCGUCAAUUUACAUAUUGAUGGCUGUUACAUUUUGGUAUGGAAUCAAGAUGCUGUCAAACGGACAGUCAAACCCCGGAGAUAUAAUUUUGGUGGUCAUGGCAAUGCUUUUUGGUGGUGCGACCAUUGGUCAGGCAUUCCAUCACUUCGAUUACUUCGGUAUUGCUGUUGGCGCUGCAAGUGAAAUAUUCCCUGUCAUUGACCGGGUGCCUCCAAUCGACAAAUUUGCUGGAGGACAGAGACUCGAAAAAGUACGUGGUGAAAUAUCAUUUGAAGAAGUAUCAUUUACAUACCCAACUCGACAAGAUAUAAAGCCUGGUCAGAAUGUGGCCAUUGUCGGACCAAGUGGAUCAGGUAAAAGUACUGUCGUUCAAAUGAUCCAACGCUUCUACGACACGGAUGAGGGCAAUGUGUUCAUUGAUGGUGUAGAUAUUCGUGACUUGGAUUUGUCAUGGUGGCGUUCGCAGAUCGGUGUUGUUUCUCAGGAACCAGUUCUGUUUGCUGGUACGAUCGCUGAAAACAUCAGGUUGGGUCGUCAAAAUGCCACCCAGGAGGAAAUUGAGGCGGCAGCCAAGGUGGCGCGUGCUCACGACUUUAUUUCGAAAUUGCCAGAGGCAUAUGAGACGUUUGUGGCGGAAGGCGGUGGCGGCAUGUCGGGUGGACAGAAGCAGCGCAUAGCUAUCGCCAGGGCGUUGAUUCGUGACCCUCGAAUCCUGUUGCUUGAUGAGGCCACAUCAGCAUUGGAUACAAAGUCGGAGAAGUCGGUGCAACGCGCUCUGGAUGCCGCCAAACAAGGCCGAACGACGGUCAUUGUGGCCCACCGUCUCUCCACAAUUCGCGACGCUGAUGUUAUAAUCGUGGUGGACAGGGGCUCAAUAGUAGAAACAGGAACUCACGAGGAAUUGAUGGCAAAGAAAGGCAUCUAUGCAAAAUUGGCGCUACGAGGGCUUCGAGAGGAGACAGAGAAGGGUGAUGAAUCGGAUGAGGACGAAGAUGACGAUGAUGUCGUCAAAAUCCUUGAGACAGCUCACAAGCUCGAGGGUGAUGUUGACGCCAAGACGGUCAUCUCUUCGUUGGCAGAGUCUGUCAUCGACUUUGGAGUAGAGAAAAAACGAAACGUCUUCGUGGAUGUAUUGCGGAUGAACAAGCCAGAGAAAUGGUACAUGGUCCUUGGUUGCUUGACGUCUGUUCUGAUGGGUGUUUUGCAGGCAUCUUUCGUCAUCGUUUACACAGAGAUGUACGAUAUUUUCUUGGAGUCGGAUGAAGCUAAACGGUUCUCACGAACUUCGAUUCUGUGCGGUGUAUUUGGAGUCCUAGCGUUUUUGCGCCUGCUCUUUUACACACUGAAUGGCUUUGCAUUCGGUGUGUCGGGUGAACGUUUAACCAAACGCUGUCGAACUAUGCUAUUCGAAACCAUGCUCAAGCAGGAAGUUGGCUGGUACGAUGAAGCGGAAAAUCAGCCAGGCGCAUUGACGGGGCGAUUAGCCGCUGAUGUUCCAAUGCUGCAAAAUGUCUCGGGUCGUCGAUUAGGCUCAAUUAUCGAGAUGUUAGUUCUUAGUAUCGCAUCACUUUUCAUCGGCUUUUUCUUCAGCUGGCAAAUCGCUCUCGUGUCUUUGGCAUACUUCCCGAUUCUGGCAUUUGCUGGUGCUUUUGAGGCCCAGAGCUGGACCGGUGAGGUGUCACGUAAGAGCGUUAAGGGGGCAAGUCUGGCACAUGAAGCCUUCUCUGCUGUGAAAACGGUCUUCAGUCUCCAGAUUGAAGACUACUUCGCCAAGCGUUAUAGUGAUCAGGCUCUCUUGUCUGACAGACAAAUUGUCAAAGGUGUGGCGCGGUACGGCCUGGUGAGUGCAAUUGCCAACUCGCUGAUGAGCUUCGAAUUCGCAGGCGUCUUCUACGCUGGUGGCAAGCUGAUGGAGCAAGGACAGGUCACACUCCUUGAAGUAUUUCGGUCAUACUCAGCAGUCAGCUUUGCAGCUUCGAACCUGGGCUACACGGCGUCAUUCGCACCAGACGCAAAGAAGGCUAGCAAGGCGGCGGAAGCGAUAUUCCAAGUGCUCAAUCGCCAGCCGGAGCUGUUGCCUGAUGAGGGCGAAUUUCCCGACAUCAAUUUACACCCCCUACAAGGAAGUAUAUCUUUCAGGAACGUUCGCUUCCGCUACCCCACUCGGAGGCGAAUUCCCGUUCUCAAGGGCUUUAGUUACGACGUACCUUUGGGGAAGAGCGUUGCUCUGGUUGGACAGUCAGGAUGUGGCAAAUCAACAAUUAUACAACUAGUUCAGCGUUUCUAUGAGCCGUCAAAGCACGCGAACAGUGGAAUCAUUUUGGAUGGGAUGGAUAUGAGUUUGAUUGCGCCAAACUGGAUUCGUCGACAGAUCGGUGUGGUGUCGCAAGAGCCGAACCUCCUGGAUAUGACUAUCCGAGAUAACAUUGCUUACGGCCUGAACCACGUGAGUGGUGAGGUGCCAAUGGAGGCGAUAAUCGAUGCGGCGAAGCAGGCGAACGCGCACAACUUCAUCAUUGGCCUGCCGCAGCAAUACGACACACCGGUGGGACCGCGUGGUUCGCAACUGUCCGGUGGCCAGAAGCAACGGGUUGCGAUCGCUCGUGCGCUUGUCAGGAAUCCGCGACUGCUCCUCUUGGAUGAAGCCACAGCUGCCUUGGACAACGAGAGCGAGCAGAUUGUCCAGGCUGCUUUGGACGAGGCGAUGAAGAAAGGUGACCGAACCACCUUGGUGGUGGCCCACAGACUGACGACGGUGGAGAACUGUGACUUGGUCGUGGUGUUGGAAGGUGGACGAGCUGUCGAGAGUGGUUCGCCUGCUGCUUUGAUGGAGGCCAAAGGCGCAUACUUUGCACUGCACAACACUGCGUAG